UCAGAACUACGUCCGUAUAUUUGUGUCAGCACGCUCUGUAUGAGUGUGUAUUUUCCCAAUCAUUUAUUCAAAUUUUUUUAAAUUUUCUGUCGCUGUUACCUUUUUUAUUUUAUCUUACAGACAACUGAACUCACAGAAACCUUUUAUUUUUUACGCGGUGGUAGCAAGUAAAUUUAAAAGGAGAGUGAGAGAAAAAAAUUGUAAGAAGAAGAAGAAUAAGGGAAAAUUCAGUGGACUUUCAAAGGAUGUCAGGACUUGUUUCCUUUUCUCCAUAUCAUUGGCUCCGGUACACGUAUUUUUAAAAAAAUAACGUCGCUUUGCUUUCAACGCCAGACAAAUUCUAUAAGAAAUAUUUCAUUGGUAUAUAUAUGUAUAUAUAUUUAUACAUAUACGCAAGAGUUUGUAACCUCAAAACUACGUGCUGAGAGUAGUCAGUCAGUAACUCGUUACGGAUUUCCCGAUCCUUCUUUACAAUUUUACGUGACACUGAGUACGGAAAAUAGGAAACGAUUUUAAAAGUGAUGAUAAAUUUAAUUAACGGUGGUAAUUAUUAUUUGAACUUGGUGUUAAUAAGUGUUUGUUUUUAGUAUUUAUUGAGUGAGAAAUUUUUUUAUCGUGUUAUUUUUAUUACGUUCAGUGUACAGUUGAUUCUUUGGUUAUCAACACAAUUAAGAGGCGAGUGUGUGGUGAAAAAAAAUCAAAGUGAUCAAGUGAAUUUACUUGCAGUAUUUGAUUAUUAAAUUUAUAUAUUUAAUAAAUAUAUACAAACACCAUGAAUACCAUGUGCAUUGAGCUAUUCUCAGGUGCAUCAGUGAUGUAUUCAUUUGGGAAGGAAAAAUUCCUAACAGUGAUAUAAUAAUUAACAAGAUAAAAUAUUAUAAAUAAGUAAUAAGGAUUAAAUAAAAUACGAGUAAAAUAGUGCCAACAUUGCAGAUGGAUAAACAGGGAUGACUGACAAUUGUUGGAAUUCUGGUGGUGGCGCUGGCGUCAAGAUGGAGCACUUUCAGGCCACCCUGGACCCUAGGAAGCAGGAAUUACUGGAGGCCCGCUUUCUCGGCGCGAGGGGUGGUCGGAACAACGGGCCGAAUAAAAAUGCCGUCGACAUCGCGCAGUCGUCGUCGUUACCUAACGCCGUUAAGUGCGGCCAACCGACUACCCUGGGAAUAGACUGGACGAGGCGUGACAAUGCUCCACCCUCGCGAGAUCAACGGAAUUCAUCGUCCAGCGCAACGAACCAGGGCCAUAUCUCUCAGAUGUCUGCUGGAUCACAAAUUCAGAUGGCACCUCAAUCAACCGUAAACUCUGGUCAGUCAAUUCAUAGUCAAGACUCAAAUAUGAGUACUGGCUCAUCACAUAGUGAUAAAGAUGUGGAUCCAAAUACUCCUGAAAAGUUGCCUAGGACCACGUCCGAAAGAAAAAGAAAACGUAAAGCGGACGAUGGAAGCAGUGGACCUGGUGGGCCGACUGGUGGCAAAGGUGCAAGGUCACUUUCGUCUUUGGAUAAUAAAAAAAUAAAUGAUUAUUUUCCGAAGCAUCAUUUAGGAAAUAGUCCAAUUAGGCAUGGAGGUGCUAAAAGUCCAUCGCCUCAACAAGGAUACCCUAUGUAUCCACCAUCAGCUCAACCUCUGGUAUCGCCGCAAGUGACGACACCAAACUCGUCGGUGGCGGAAUUUUCGUCGUUGAUGCAACCGCCUCGACCUCUUCCUCAACCACCACCACCACCUCCACCUUCGUCGACGCAACCUGCUGGCUCAAUGGUCAGCAAGCAGGUACAGGUAAGGCCCACCAACCUACCUAGGACAAGCCAGAUCAGGCAAGCGAAGACAAACACGCCAAAUACGGAGCUCACUUGCCAGAGGAUACAAGAAUUUGAAUCACAAGCAUCGUCUGACUUGGAGCUACGUAAUAAUAAAAUUGACGAAUUAAAUAGAACGACGGAAGAACUUAGGCAUCAAAUGGCAACUCAACAGAAAAUGCUUGAGCAGCACAAAUCACAUAUAAAUAAGUGUAUAGAUGUUGUAAAGAAGUUAUUAAAAGAAAAAUCAAAUAUAGAAAAAAAAGAAGCUAGACAAAAGUGUAUGCAAAAUAGACUGAGGCUUGGACAGUUUGUGACGCAAAGGGUAGGCGCUACCUUUCAAGAAAACUGGACGGACGGCUAUGCGUUUCAAGAGCUCGCACGACGGCAGGAAGAAAUAACGACUGAACGUGAGGAAAUUGAUAGACAAAAAAAGUUGUUGUUAAAAAAGAGGCCGUCGAAUAGUGAGACUGGUAGAAAACGAAGCCAACCACAGCCUUCAUUGCACAAUGGCACCGAAGCUACUUUUUUAAAGCCCGACGCGGUACCUGGAUCUUAUACCUGGCAAGAGUAUUAUGAAGCGGACGAAAUACUCAAAUUGAGACAGAGUGCGUUGAAAAAAGAAGACGCAGAUCUUCAAUUAGAAAUGGAAAAACUCGAAAGAGAGCGUAAUCUUCACAUCAGAGAGUUAAAACGUAUUCACAACGAGGACCAAUCCAGAUUUAAUUCUCAUCCAGUACUCAAUGAACGUUAUCUUUUAUUAAUGUUAUUGGGAAAAGGUGGAUUUAGUGAAGUACAUAAGGCGUUUGAUCUGAAAGAGCAGCGAUACGUGGCCUGUAAAGUACAUCAAUUGAAUAAAGACUGGAAAGAAGAUAAAAAAGCUAAUUAUAUUAAACACGCGUUAAGAGAAUAUAAUAUUCACAAAGCUCUUGAUCAUCCACGAGUUGUCAAGCUCUAUGACGUCUUUGAGAUCGACGCAAAUUCAUUUUGUACUGUUUUGGAAUACUGUGAUGGCCAUGACCUAGACUUCUACUUAAAACAGCAUAAAAUGAUACCAGAAAGAGAAGCGAGGUCAAUAGUGAUGCAAGUUGUGUCUGCGUUAAAGUACCUUAAUGAAAUAAAGCCUCCAGUAAUACACUACGAUUUAAAACCCGGUAACAUUUUGUUGACGGAAGGUAACGUCUGUGGUGAAAUUAAAAUUACUGACUUUGGUUUAAGUAAAGUUAUGGACGAAGAAAAUUAUAAUCCAGAUCAUGGAAUGGAUCUUACGUCGCAGGGGGCUGGAACUUAUUGGUAUUUACCGCCAGAGUGUUUUGUCGUUGGCAAAAAUCCGCCAAAAAUAUCGUCUAAAGUCGAUGUUUGGAGUGUAGGUGUUAUAUUUUACCAGUGCCUGUAUGGUAAAAAGCCAUUUGGACACAAUCAAUCACAAGCAACUAUUUUAGAAGAAAAUACAAUAUUAAAAGCGACGGAGGUACAAUUUGCCAAUAAACCGACGGUUAGCAACGAAGCGAAGAGUUUCAUAAGAAGCUGCUUGGCGUAUAGAAAAGAAGAACGAAUUGACGUGAUGAUGUUAGCACGACACGAUUAUUUACAGCCCCCAGUGCCAAAGCAUGGUCGUCAGGCGAACAGCCAGCAGCAGCAACAAGCUCAGCAACAGCAACACAUCCAACAAGCUCAACAGCAACAACAGCAAACGUCAUUUACGACUGGAAUGUUUAGUGGAAUGAAUGCAUCCAGCAGUUCGUAGUGUAUGAAUUUGUUUAUGCUGAUAAUAACAAACGGUUGGGAUUUAUAAUUAAAAAUAAAAAUAAAAACACAAACAAACAAACAAAUAUAUAGAUAUAUAUAUAAAAAUAAUAAAAUAAGCAUGGACUUUUUAAAAAAGUAAUAAUAAUAAUAAUUAGUGAAUGCAGAUUAAAGUGAAGUUUAUGAUAAUGCAUCGAUUUAUUAAACUGAUAUAUGCCAAAUCUUAAGGACACUCAAUUUCACAUUCAUAUUUCAUCUUUAAUAAAAUAAAUAAAUAAUAAAAAAAAAAAUAAAUAAAAAUAAAAGUUUUAAUUGUGGAAUUAAUGUCGAAAAUAAUUGAAAUCGCGAUUAAUUCUUGUGUAAAUAUAUGAUGACAAGGGAUGAAGAUAAAUUAAUAAAGAUUUAAUUUAAAAAAAAAAACAAAAAUAAUAAUUAUAAAAAUCAAUACAGAUGUCACUGGAUCACCAAUCACUUCUACACCCACCGCCAUCGACAAGGCUAAAUCAUUUAAUUAAAAAAUCAAGAGUUUAACAAUAGUUGACUAAAUGCUGAAGAUCACUCGCUCAACCAAUGGAUAUUUUAAUUAAUAAAAUAAAAUACAGACAGACUUUAUUUAUUAAUGAAUACAAAAAAAAAUAAA